AUGCCACCAAUAUCAAAAAAAAAAUUGCGUGACGCUGAACAAAGUCCAAGUAUUAUAGAUAUCAAAUCAAGUUUGCCAACUGAUCCAAGUAGUGAUAAGUUGCCUUUUAUAAAAAAUGCUGAAACAAACGUUGAAGAUAACGAAAAAUUUGCAACAUCAGAUAUUGCGCGUGGUGUCUUGCAUGUGAAGCAGAUGCGUACAGUAGGAUUUAAUGGAAAUUUUGAUUGA